CCUUGACAUCCCGAUCCUCCGAAGUCGAACGCUUCCAAACUCACCCGAACCGUUUUCACCCCUUCAAUCGAACCAUACCUCCCACAUUCUCUUCAAAAUGACUGCUGCCUGGAAAGCCGCCGGUUUGACCUACAACCGCUACCUGGCCAUCGCCGCCCGCACGGUGCGCCGUUCCUUGAAGGAAGGUCCUCGCCUCGCAUCUGAGCGCCGCGGCCAGAUGGACCUCCGUUUUGCCAAGUGGGAGAACGGCAAGCAGGGUGAUGUCAAGUCCCUCGCCCAGGCCAACAACGAGGCCAUCGCCAAGGCUGCCGAGAAAUAA